UGUCACUUUGCGGUGUCCAUUUUGAGGAGACUGCAAGAGUAAAGCACGUGUUAAACUAAAAAUAAAAUUUAUUUAAAAAAAUAUGUGUGAGUGAAGUAAUUGAAGUUUAGUCUACAUUUUGACAAAUUUCAAAAUCGAAAUAAUUUCAAAAGAACAAAAGAAAACAAAAAUAAUUAAAAAAAUACAAAAAUAUUUCAAAAAGAAAUAUCAAAACUUCUCCUUCAUUUUACUUCGUCAUAAAUUUGUGUGUCAAGUGCUAAGCUAAAAGUUUGUUUAUAAUAAAAAAUCAAAAAAUAUUAUAUAAAUACAGUUACAACGCUAAAGUGUAUUAAUGUCCAGUUUUUUGACCUUUCCUUAAGAGAAUACGUGUGUUACAAGUACUUUAUUUGUAGCAAUUUAAGUAGUCAAAAAAUAUCAACAAAUAUUUUAAAUAAAGAAAUAUUUUAAAACAGUUUGUUGCUUGCUGUUUUUGGAAAAUUUUCCAAACAUCUUCGUUUUUGAAAAAAAGCAAAAUAUUUCAUAAAGAAACUCUGUGGUAAUUUUAAUAAGAAAUAUUAAAUAAAAAUUGCUCAAGCAGAAUGCCGAAGAAGGAAGAAACACCGUUUGUCAUCGACUUCAAGCCGAAUACGCCAUCAAGGUAUGGCGCCGCCGAUACAGCUUCCAAUAGUAAUUUACCAACUGGUAGCACCAACACGCCCACGACCACCCGAAUUAGCAAUAACAACAAUGCGGAGCGUACACCAUCCAUGAUGUAUGUGUUGCAUGGACGUCACAACAUUGAAUUGCGCGAUCAUUGCCAUCGUCAACGAACCGAAGGUGUAGAUGUGAAGGCUCGUAAGAAACUGAUCAUUGCGAGUAUAUUGUGUUUGGUCUUUAUGGUUUGCGAGAUUAUUGGUGGCAUUUUAUCGAACAGUUUGGCGAUUGCAACAGAUGCCGCUCACUUACUAACAGAUUUUGCCAGUUUUAUGAUAUCAUUGUUUGCCAUCUGGAUAGCUGGGCGACCAUCAACACAGCGCAUGUCCUUCGGCUGGUAUCGUGCCGAGGUUAUCGGUGCCAUGGCCUCGGUCGUGAUGAUUUGGGUCAUUACCGCUAUACUCGUUUGGUUGGCCGUGCAGCGUUUGAUUAAUCGCGAUUUUGAAGUGAACGCCAAGAUUAUGCUGAUUACAUCUGGUUUAGCGAUUUUGGUUAAUUUGAUCAUGGGCUUACAGCUGCAACACGGUCACUCGCAUGGCGGCAUGUCGCAUGGUCACAGUCACGGCGGCAAGUCCAAGAAGCAGAAGAAGGGCAAGAAAGCCGCCAAUUUGCAAGUUGGCGCCAGUGACGAGAGCAGCGGUGGCCUAGCGCUCUCUACCGCCACCAUUAAACCGGCUGCGAGUGUAGAAAGACGUUCUAUGCCCGGUCCAAAAUGUACACCCACAGGUCACUGCGCACUGCCACCAACACAACGGCCGCUGGAAGAUGGCGCCGCUGAGCUCGAGUUAGACGCCAACGAUGCUGUGAUGCCCGUCUCCGGUUUGUCUACUUUCUCUUAUCAGAAUUCGACUUCGGUGAAUGAUGUGCGCGCCGAGAUUGCCGCGGUUAUGGCGGAGACCACACCGGGUGGGCAUCAUCAUGGUGGUGUGGCGUCACGUGAAGCGGAGAAUUUGAAUGUACGCGCCGCUUUCAUACACGUUAUUGGCGAUAUGAUACAGAGUGCUGGCGUAUUUAUUGCAGCGUUGAUUAUUUUCUUCCGUCCGGAUUGGGCGAUUGUCGAUCCAAUUUGCACGUUCAUCUUCUCGAUCAUUGUGCUCUUCACGACGUUCACGAUCAUGAAGGAUGCGCUAUUGGUUUUAAUGGAGGGUACACCCAGUUAUAUGCACUACGCCGAGGUCCUUGAAGUCUUCGAGCAUAUUGAGGGUGUGAGACGUGUGCAUAAUUUGCGUAUUUGGGCGUUGAGCAUUAAUAAAGUCGCCCUCUCUGUACAUUUGGCAAUCGCUCCCGAAGCGAAUGCCAAACGCAUUCUGGAGGAGGCCAGCACUGCCGUACAUCGGCGCUAUAAUUUCUUUGAGACAACCAUACAAAUUGAGGAGUUCACACCACAAAUGGAGAGCUGUCAGCAGUGUUGUGUGCCGGUUACGUAGAUGUAGGGUCCUCCCCAAUGAUGUCCAGAAGAUCGCCGAGUCGUGGAACUCAAUUUUUGUAAUGCCAUUUAAUAUAUACACACACACUUAUACACAAGUAUAUGCUUGUAAUCUUAAAUUAGCUAUAAAUUAGUGGAAAAAAGUUUCUGUUUUAACUUUUUGCUUGGAACGUCUUCAGUCCGUCGUCUGUCAUUGUAUAACCAAAUCUAUUUCUAUUAAAUUUCACAUUCUAUUUUUAAUGUGUGCUUUAUAACGGUAUUUCAAAAGCAACGAAUUUGUUUAUUAUUAUUUCCUUUCAGUUUCGCGUUUUUCUUGUUUUCGUCAUAGCGAGCUUAGUUAUAAAUUUAUAAUAUAGCGUAAAAGACACUUAAGUUUAAAAACUUUCAAGUUUAUAUAAAAAUUUUAUUGUAAUUAAAAUAUUAAAUAAAAUGUAAUUUUUGUCUCUUUCGAAA